GCUCAACCUCACUCUGGUUGCAGACCUGCUGGGACUGACUCCUGGUGCUAGAGAGCAAGCUCACCAGCAGCUAGCAUGUCAGCUACGGUCCUGGAGAACAGAGGCUUGGGCCGAAAAUUCUCCGACUUUGGACAGGAAACAAGCUAUAUCGAGGACAACUCCAGCCCAAACAGCGCCAUCUCGCUGAUCUUCUCCCUCAAAGAAGAAGUGGGUGCGUUGGCCAAAGUCUUGCGCUUAUUCGAGGAAAAUGACAUCAACCUGACGCACAUCGAAUCCAGACCGUCUCGCGUAAACAAAGAUGAGUACGAGUUCUUCACUCACCUGGACAAGCGCAGUGUGCCCGCCUUGGCCAGCAUUAUCCAGAUCCUGAGGCAUGACAUUGGUGCCACCGUCCAUGAGCUCUCUCGUGAUAAGAAGAAGGAUACUGUUCCCUGGUUCCCGAGGACCAUCCAGGAGCUGGACAAAUUUGCCAACCAGAUUCUCAGCUACGGGGCGGAGCUAGACGCAGACCACCCGGGCUUCAAGGAUCCCGUGUACCGAGCGAGACGGAAGUACUUUGCUGACAUCGCCUACAACUACCACCAUGGGCAGCCCAUCCCCCGGGUGGAGUACACAGAGGAAGAGAAGAAAACGUGGGGGACAGUGUUCAGGACCCUGAAGUCCCUGUAUAAAACCCACGCAUGCCAUGAGCACAACCACAUCUUCCCGCUUCUGGAGAAGUACUGCGGCUUCCGCGAGGACAACAUCCCCCAGCUGGAAGAUGUUUCCCAGUUCCUGCAGACUUGCACCGGCUUCCGCCUCCGGCCUGUAGCUGGCCUGCUGUCGUCUCGAGACUUCUUGGGCGGCCUGGCCUUCAGGGUCUUCCACUGCACACAGUACAUCAGGCACGGGUCCAAGCCCAUGUACACGCCUGAGCCGGACAUCUGCCACGAGCUGCUGGGCCAUGUGCCCUUGUUCUCAGAUCGCAGCUUUGCCCAAUUUUCCCAGGAAAUCGGCCUUGCCUCUCUGGGGGCGCCCGACGAGUACAUCGAGAAGCUGGCCACCAUCUACUGGUUUACUGUGGAGUUUGGGCUCUGCAAGCAAGGAGACUCCAUCAGGGCCUAUGGUGCUGGGCUCCUGUCAUCCUUUGGUGAAUUACAGCACUGCUUGUCCGACAAGCCGAAGCUCCUGCCCCUGGAGCUGGAGAAGAUGGCGGUCCAGCCAUACACCAUCACUGAGUUCCAGCCUCUCUACUAUGUGGCUGAGAGUUUCAGUGAUGCCAAGGAGAAAGUGAGGAACUUCGCUGCCACAAUCCCUCGGCCCUUCUCAGUGCACUACAACCCCUACACCCAGAGGAUCGAGGUCUUGGACAACACCCAGCAGCUGAAGAUUUUGGCAGACUCCAUCAAUAGUGACGUUGGAAUCCUUUGCAGUGCUCUGCAGAAAAUAAAGUGACGCUAUGGGCAGAACUCUGUGUCAGCUGAGAAUCUGCUGGUGGAAAUCCUUCUGUCUCUUUCAUCCAAAAACGCUGAAAAGAAAGCCUUAAUUUGAAAUAACAGCUUUAAGUUUCUUCUGGAACAAAAUAGAGGAUCAACAAAUAAGGAGACUAAUCUGAAAUAAUAGUACAUUAACACCUCUGUCAAAAAUAAUGAUGGAUCUUUUGGAAUCCUCUUUGAUUUAGUGUUGAUAAUCUUAUCCUUUCCAGUUAGCUACAAUGGAAGUCUGUUGCAUUUCAUCAAGGUUAAUUAAAAUUUGGGAGUUUCCACUUUCAGGUUUCCAUUGUUAUUUGCCACAGUGAGCCCCUAAAAUACACUCCUAAGGGAGUGAACUCUUAAAAUAUAAAGCUUUCAUUGGAAUUGAGUUAUUUCAUUUAAUAAAUCUUAAUCUACAAAGUUCA